ACCUCUACACUAAUAUUUUUGAGUAAAUUGUCUCGUUCUGGUUGAGUGAUCUGUCAAACUAGUUUUCUUCAAAAUCUGACUUGAUUAUUUUAUCUAUUCACAUGAGUUUGGUACAAAUGGAACUGUCAUCGAAAACUUAACAUCAUACUCAAGAAAAUGCCGUAAUUCGUUUGUUUUAAGCCUGGUUUUUUCUGUUUGUUUACGUUCAAAAGUAUCUAAUUAUAGUUCAUAUGCAAAUUAGAUAUUUGGACCAAUGAAAAUUCAAUGUUAGCAAUUAAGAAAAGUAUCUACCAAUCAAAAGUUUUGUAGCAUACCUGGACGGCCGCCAAUAUUCGAACGAUCAGUUGUUUGACAGCUGUCGUCUGUAAACAAAGAGACUUAACGGUGGAUACCAAAUUUUUUAUUUGGUGCCACAAUUUGCAGGUGUAAAACCUGUUUAUUUACACUUGCAAAAGGACUCUUUCUGCUUAGUGUUUAGUAUGGUAGCGUUUGAAGUCGUACAUAAUGGACGAAUUGUGGAAAAUGCACACGAAAGAGCGGAUGUCAAAACAGAGACCGAGUCCGAGGUCAAGUUCAAACGAAAGAAUGAAAUUUCAAAUGAAUGUGCCAGAAUAACGCCAAAGGUGCAAAACAUCUUUGGGAAGUUACAAAAACUAAGAAUAAAAGAGGAAACACAGCAUUACACUCUAAAUUUGCCCUCUAUUGGAACAGAAGACUGUAUUGGGGUCUGUGAGCGGGACUCAGCUGUCACAUCAAUCAAGUCUAUGCAAAGAUUUUACAACUAUAACUGUGAUACCUUGGCUGAUGCUAUAAACUACCUCGACAGAUUCAUCUCCAAAGUCAAGGUGAAGCGACGUUAUUUAUCAUGUGUUGCUACUGCUGCAUUUUUCUUGUCAACAAAAAUGAAUGAGGAAUCAGAGUACCACCCUACAGCCUCCGAUCUCUCCAGUUUACAUCGACACAGCUGGAAACCAACAGAUUUAAAAAGGAUGGAAAAGAUUCUCCUAGAGAAACUAGACUGGAACCUUCAUCCAUCUGUAACCAGUCUGUCAUAUAUACAUAUCAUCUUUAGAAUGCUGUCUCUAGUCAGUGUGGAGGUUGACAGACAAUUCUUUGAUUUGCUAGUUCAAAGAUCUGAAUUGUAUAUGAACUACACAAGGUGUGCGAGAUAUCAGGCCAGCACUCUAGCCUUGAGCAUUGUCCAACAGUGUUUGAAAGAAGCGGAUCUUAGUUCCAGUUUGAUAAAGUAUCUACUUAUACAUGUUCAGACAGUCUUCAAGAUCAGUGAUUCUGAGCUGUUUGAGUGUCAAUGUGCAAUAUCUAAACAACUAGAGCUCUACAACACUCACCCCUCUACUCAUCCCCGGUGCCUUCCUAUACCUAAAAUUGUGCCACGUCCCAAUCUCAUCAAGAGACCCAGUUUCUAUGGAAACACAGGUCUUCCAACAAUAGAAGAGGUAUCAUGGAGUACAGAUUCAAGUGAGGAUGAAGAAUCUCAGCUACCACAUUUAGACAAUGGUUUUGAAUGCCAUACUACACAACCAUUGAAGAUGACCCAGUCUUACUGUCGGCUGUUAGACCAGUGUUAUCCUACAGUUCAGGGAGCUCUCUAUUAUUACAAAAAGUGCAAUAUUACAGUGUUAUAAACACUAGAUUUAUAUAAAUAUUACUAGUAUAUCAAAAUGCAUGUUAAUUCAUUACAAAAUUACAAAGAUGUAGAAAAGAUAAACAGGAAAAUAGUUAGAUCUUAAAUUAUGGAUUAAUUAUUAUUGUAUGAUUCUUAACUGUAUAAGUCAGUAUACAUUUGUAUGUUAUAGUUAAAUGUUAUUUUAAGAAAGAAUUUUAGUAUUUAAUGCUAGUUAUAUGUGGUUUUAUGUGUGUUAUAAAUGUUCUGUAAGAAAUAUAGUGUACAUUUUUGUAACAUUUAAAACUGGUUUAAUUGUUUAACUAACAGUGUAGCAUUUUUGGUGCAUUUAUUAACUUGCAGUAUCAGUUUAAAGAAGCUAAGUAUUUUAUAAGCAGAUUUGGUCGGUUGUAACAGUUGAAUGAAACAUAGUGUAUUAUUUCAAGAUUUUCAGCGAAUUAAAUAAUUUCGAGUAUUUAUAUCUGGUAUUUUCACAGUGAAAUAUGUCAGAUAAAUUCUUCGUCGUUGAGGAACUGCAAAUUGGAUAAGAUAUACAAAAGUAUUUAAACCUGAAAUUAUGAAAAUAUUUUUUUUGUUUUUGUUUUACAUUUGAAUUUAGAAUACCUUUCACUCAUGAACACCAUAUAUAUUACAUUUUUGCUUGUGGUUAUGCCACUCAUGAAAAUACUGCAUCUGGUGUUCUGUGAAAAAUAUUUCAGUCUUGGACUGAAUAAACAGAUAACCUGUAUAUUUUCAUUAGCUGUGAGUUUCAGAAAAUUUACAAUGUGUUCGAAAUUCAACAUCUUUGUAAAACCUUAAACAACAGAAUACUUCGUAUAUGA